AUGGAGAAAACACGGGUUUUCAGGGUUGAAGAUGUGACCUUAGCACGCCGUGGAGACCAAGCUGUCGGCACCCUUCAUCUCACCCCGCACCAUAUUGUCUUCUCUGCCAUCCCUCCACAGUCUCCAGACAAUGUACAGGCGCAGGGUGCGCCGGUUAAACCGAAGGAAGUUUGGAUAACAUAUCCCAUCAUAUCGUUCUGCACGUACCGCCCAGCUCCGGCCAUAUCCCGUCAGCCGUCGUCCAUUCGCCUGCGAUGUCGAGAUUUCAACUUUAUUUGUUUCUACUUUACAAACGAGAACAAGGCUAGAGACGUUUAUGAGAGUAUAAAGUCGUGGACUUGCAAGUUGGGACAGAUUGAUAAACUUUACGCCUUUACCUUCCAGCCGCCUCCUCCCGAGCGCGCAUUCAAUGGUUGGGAGCUCUAUGAUCCUAGCAAGGAAUUGGCGCGACAGGGUGUCGACCGCGAUGGCCAUGGUUGGCGCAUCUCUCAGAUGAACUCUGACUAUGGGUUUUCGCCAACCUAUCCUUCCCUAUUCGCUGUGCCUACCAGCAUUUCAGACAACACAUUAAACUAUGCCGGACGGUAUAGAUCUCGUGCGCGGAUACCGGCAUUGACCUACUUACACCCUGUCAACAAUUGCUCGAUCACAAGAAGCUCUCAACCACUGGUGGGCUUCCGCGGGAACCGAAGCAUUCAGGAUGAGAAGCUUUUAGCUGCCAUUUUCGCCACAACGAGAUCAAAAAGACCGCUUGCCAACUUCACCCCACCAAAUCUAGAAAAUGAGUCCUCAGCAUCUACACAAGGCGAAUUAUCUAGUAGUCAGAGCUGGCCGGAGGUCACAAAUGCCGAAGACUUGGAAGCCGAGCUUAUUUCAUCGUUUGACGAAGAAUCGCAAGAUAAACCCCACAUAUACGGCGCGCAACAACAUAACCUGAUUGUCGAUGCGCGACCCACCGUCAAUGCUUUCGCCAUGCAAGCCGUGGGCCUUGGCUCUGAAAACAUGGAUAACUAUAAAUUCGCGACGAAGGCGUACCUUGGAAUUGAUAACAUCCACGUUAUGAGGGAUUCAUUGAACAAGGUUAUCGAUACCCUGAAAGAGUCCGAUGUAACUCCGCUUGGUCCCAACCGGGACCAGCUCGCAAGAAGUGGUUGGCUGAAGCACAUUGCUGGCAUUCUAGACGGUGCUGGCCUGAUCGCACGCCAAGUUGGCCUUCAGCAUUCGCACGUGCUGAUCCAUUGUUCGGAUGGAUGGGAUCGUACAAGUCAGUUGAGCGCGCUAAGCCAACUUUGCCUCGAUCCUUAUUACCGAACUUUAGAGGGAUUUAUGGUCCUAGUAGAAAAGGACUGGCUUUCUUUCGGUCACAUGUUCCGACAUAGAGCAGGACACUUGAAUUCUGAAAAAUGGUUCCAGAUCGAGAACGAGAGAAUUGGAGGUGAAUCCGGACGAAGUUUCGGUGAGAGCAGUGGUGCUGGAAAGGCAAUCGAAAACGCCUUUCUCAGCGCCAAAGGAUUCUUUAACCGGGAAAAUACAAGCCGUGAGACUCUUGGCGAGUCGGAUGGAGAUACUCGCGAAUAUGAGUCCGACAGCCCUAGUGCUAAGAAGCCUAGUUCCGCACCGAGGACGGCAGUCGCUGAGAAGGAAGUUACGAAACCGAAGGAGACGAGCCCUGUCUUUCAUCAAUUUCUUGAUGCGACAUAUCAGCUGUUGUACCAGUAUCCAUCCCGCUUUGAAUUCAAUGAGCGAUUUCUGCGGCGCCUACUCUACCACCUAUACUCCUGUCAAUAUGGUACGUUCCUCUACAACAGCGAGAAGGAGCGGGUGGAAGGAAAAGCCAAGGAGCGAACACGCAGUGUCUGGGACUACUUCCUCGCCCGGAGGGACCUGUUUGUAAAUCCCAAAUACGAAUCCGACAUUGACGACAACAAGCGAGGCAAAGAACGAUUGAUUUUCCCACAGGUUGAUGAAGUGAGAUGGUGGAAUGAGGCCUUUGGCCGGACAGACGCGGAAAUGAACGGACCACGCAUGCCCGGCAACUCCCAAACCAAAUCUAACGAAAGCUCGGAUACAGAACGGCGAGUUCCAGUGUUGACAGGCCUUGAAUCCUCUACCCAUGCCCUCGGUAGCGGUCUGGCUGGAAACCAGACAUCUCCACCACCAAAUGGGGCGACCGCAGUGACUUCCGGGAUAUCUAGCCUAUCCCUAUCUGCAAAUAAAGAUCAAAAUCACAAUGCAGAAAGCAUGAGCCAGAUGGAGGUUGAGAUGCGAUGA